AUGGUCCAAUAUCGCAGAACUCGAAUAGUUUGCGUAUCAGAUACCCAUGGCUACUCUCCAGCAGAAUCAGGGUUUAGUCUUCCAUCUGGUGAUGUCUUGAUACAUGCAGGAGACCUCUCUAACAGAGGGACUAAGUCGGAACUGGAGCGCACGUUCAAGUGGAUUGAAGAAGCAGAUUAUGAAGUGAAAAUUGUAGUGGCUGGCAAUCAUGAUGUAUCUCUUGACCCGGAGUUCUAUGCAAAACAUGGAUCACAUUUUCAUGGAGAUUCAACAGGUCGAGAAAAGAAUGCUACAUCUAUAGACAUUGUGAACAAAUUCAAAGACAAAUCGGCAACACCAAAAUCGAUUAUAUUCCUCAACCACGAAUCUGCAGCGAUCAAGUUGACACGACCAGAUGGACCUCAUACAAUGUUCAAAGUCUUUGGGUCGCCGUUCUCUCGAUUCUCGGGCCUCUGGGCCUUUGGGUAUUCCUCGUUACCAGAAGAUGGUGAUCGAUUAUGGAGUCAAAUACCUUUGGAUACUGAUAUCUUGGUGACACAUACACCUCCAUUAGGGCUGUGUGAUCGACAGCCAGGUGAAAAUACUCCCACUGACACUCCAGGAAGUGGAAGUGGAGUGUACGGUUGCAAACAAUUACUUCAUGUAAUGGGUAACAUUCGACCAAUGCUGGCUGUCUGCGGCCAUAUCCAUGAAGGUCGAGGAUAUCAACGAGUGAUGUGGCAUGAGGCUGAGAAUGGAUUUGCAUCACCCAUGACCACAACUGUUGCACCGCUACCUUCCAUCAGCAGCAAGAAACAAAAUUUAAUUGAUUUGACGGGAAAGAAGCAGCGUGCACUAGAAAACAGGGGUAGUCAUACAACUCAGCCGUAUUCAUUAGAAGGCGGCGAUGCUCAUGCGAACAGAAGGCUGAGAAAAGAGACUUGCAUUGUCAAUGCUGCUAUUAUGGCUAGGAGCUGGCCCUAUAUUGGUGGCAAGGCGUUCAAUCGACCUAUUGUAGUUGAUAUAAACUUACCAGUUUGGAAUGAUGCUUCCGUAUGA